GACCCUUGAAAGCCUAUGCUGAGACUACAACACUCUUAAUGACUUCUUCAGAUCUAUGGUUAAAAGAAACCUUCCUGGUUGGCCCCUGUACCCCCCUAGGAAUUCCCUUUAUGUUGAAAUACCCUGGGGCGAUCUCUUUAAUGGAGUGAAUGUAGCAUCGUUUAGGAUUACCUGAUAGUGUGUUUCAUUACGGCGAGUAGAAAUCGGCAAUUCAAUAGUGGAGUAGUAUCAGAACUAAAAUCACGCUAAAAACACGAACAGUAGAAAACAAAUAACUCACGUUCGCUAAAACACUGCAAGUUCAAGGAUGGCUGCUCUGGAAGACGAAGACGUCUUAGAAGAUGAGUUUUCAGACGGUUUACUAGAGUUUCCAGUAGAAGUUCAAGAAGCUAUUGAUCAGGUAUUCCCAAGUACAGACCCCUUAGACAAAGCUGAUUUUAAUGCAGUGGAGUACAUCAACAGUCUCUUCCCCACUGAGCAGUCCCUCACUAACAUUGAUGAUGUUGUAGGACAGAUACGCUUCAAGAUAAGGAAUCUUGACAAUGAGAUCCGCACAGUGGUACGAGGUCAGACAAAUGUAGGCGAGGAUGGUAAAGGAGCCUUGGAGGAGGCACAGAGAGCCAUUCAACAACUGUUUACACGUAUUAAAGAUAUAAAGGAUAAGGCUGAAAAGUCUGAAGAAAUGGUAAAAGAGAUCACGAGGGAUAUCAAGCAGUUGGACCACGCCAAGAGGAAUUUGACAUGCUCUAUCACAACACUGAACCAUCUACACAUGCUCGUGGGGGGUGUUGACUCCUUAGACAAUUUGAUUAGGAGACGACAGUAUGGUGAGGUGGCUAACCUGCUUCAGGGUGUCCUCAAUGUAUUAGAACACUUUAACAAGUACAUGCAGGUUCCACAAAUAAGACAGCUUGCUGAUAGGGUGAAACAGAUGCAGUCGGAGCUAGCAGUCCAGAUAAGAUCCGACUUUGAAGAUGCAUUCCAAGGCCCCAAUGCUAAGUAUGGUCCUACAAACCAGGCCCAGUUAGCCGAAGCCUGCUUAGUUGCAAAUGUACUUGAGCCUAAAGUGAAGAAGGACCUCCUAGACUGGUUUGUGAGAAUACAGCUAUCGGAGUAUCUGGUGUUGUUUGGAGAAAACCAAGAUGUUGCAUGGCUGGACAAGAUUGACAGGAGAUAUGCAUGGAUUAAGAGAACUCUGGUUGAGUUUGAGGAAAAUUUGGCCGCCUGUUUCCUAUGGACUGGGAAGUGAGUGAGCGUAUAGCAGUUGAGUUCUGCCACGUUACAAGGAAAGAACUUGCAAAAUUAAUGGCCAAGAGAGUAACAGAAAUUGAGGUGAAGCUCCUCCUAUUUGCUAUCCAGAGAACUACAAACUUUGAGACAUUGUUGACAAAAAGGUUCACAGGAGUAACUGUACUGGGAGAGGCGACUGUAAUCCCUUCUCCACCUCCCUCUACCAAGCCCGUCUCUACCAACCCAUUUGAAGAGCCAAACUCCACCAAUCCCUUUGACGUGGACUCAUCAGCCGAUGAGGCACAACCGCCAUCUGAACCAGCUGUUCUGGUGGAUGCCCCCACUCCACCAGCAAACCCCUUCAUUGGGAUAAUAUCCAAGUGUUUUGAGGCACAUCUCAACAUAUACAUAGAGUCGCAAGACAAGAACCUAUCAGAACUCAUAGGAAGAUUCGUGGAGGAUUUCCGCAAACAUGGGGUGCCUAAAUUAGAGUCGGAGGAAAGUUCUACGAUUCUUCCAAGCUGCGCUGAUCUUUUCGUCUUUUACAAGAAAUGUAUGGUACAAUGUGCGCAGCUGAGCACUGGACAGUCCAUGCUGGAUCUUUCCAGAACAUUCCAAAAAUAUCUACGAGAAUAUGCCAUCACUAUGCUUGUCAACAACCUGCCAAAAAUCAGCACUCAAACAAACCCUACAUCAGCGAUGGGUUUGAUAAAGGAAAUCCUUAAAGAUGAGGAAACUCCCAGUAGCAAAUUCACAGAGGAGGAACAGUGUAGGGUUUGUAGCAUAUUGUGCACUGCUGAGUAUUGUAUGGAGACCACUCAGCAGUUAGAGGAGAAACUAAAGAGUAAAGUAGACCAAGACUUGUCAGAUAAGAUAAGCCUGCACCAGCAGAUGGACAUGUUCUCCAACGUCAUCUCUAACUGCAUACAGCUGUUGGUCCAGGACCUAGAGGGUGCUUGUGAACCUGCCUUGAUUAUCAUGUUUAAGAUGUCAUGGAAUAACAUGGAGUCAGUUGGAGACCAGAGUAGUUACGUUAGCACAAUCAUAGCACACCUAAAGCAGAACCUGUCCAUCAUUAGAGACAACCUGGCAUAUUCUAGGAAAUACUUCACACAGUUCAACAUCAAGUUUGCCAACUCUUUCAUUCCAAAGUUUAUCAACAAUAUCUAUAGAUGUCGCCCUAUAAGCACUGUGGGGGCAGAGCAGUUGUUGCUGGACACCCACUCCCUGAAAACAGUCCUCCUAGACCUCCCAUCUCUGGGCUCGCAAGUGGGACGUAAAGCACCAGCAAGUUACACAAAGAUAGUUGUGAAGGGCAUGACGAAGGCAGAGAUGAUAUUGAAGGUUGUCAUGUCGCCACAUGAUCCACCCCAGGGAUUCGUUGAUAACUACAUCAAGUUACUGUCAGAGCAUGACAUAAAUGAUUUCCAGAAAGUCCUUGAGAUGAAGGGUUUGAAGCGUAAUGAUCAAAGUGCAAUGUUGGACAUUUAUCGCAGUAGAAUACCUUCCCCUGGCCCCGGAGGUCCUACUAUGAAUCAGAGACCCCCUCAACAGAGAGCGGGAGCUCAGCCUGACCAGGAAUCAAGCAGAAUCAAAAAACUAGAAAAGUUGAUCAAGAAAAGACUCUAGUCUAAAUGUUUUGGAAAAUACUCAAGAACUGAAAUAUAAUGAUGCAUUUCAGCAGGCCCAUAGCCAGGGGUUCGAUGGGUUCAAGUGAACCCCCCCCCCCCCCCUUGGCCAAAAAUCUUUCAAAAUCAUGCAGUUUUUCACCAUUCUGAGCACUUUUUAAGUGAUUUUGGCCAUUUUUGGAUCUAAAUUGUCACAAGUGAACCCC